AUGAAUUGCGAGAAAGGAGGUUGCAACCCGGAGCAGCGGAUCGAACAACCAGUGGAAGAAGACGAUAAGUAUUUUAUUGUUGUACAUCAAGGCACGAUAGCAUCCGGGGAGCUAGUGAUCAAGGAUGCAAAGAAGAGGGACUUCUUAGCACAAAAGUACAACCUCCUAUGCUUUAAGACGGAGGCCGCAGGGGCACUUGCCGAUUUCCCUUGCUUAGUUAUUCAAGGCAUUUCCGACUACUGCGACUCCCACAAGAACAACAACUGGCAUGGUUUUGCGGCGGCGGCGGCUGCGGCUUAUGCCAGACGGUUAUUUUUCCACAUGCCUACCGAGAUAGAAGAGGAGACAUCUAUCAAACCAACUGCUUUCGAUCUCCAGUCAUAUUUACCCGGAAUUCGUCAAAUUUCAAAGUUCAUUGCAAGAAAAGAAGAGCUUACGGAAAUGCAAGAGGCUCUUCAGCCCACAGUUCGGCCCCACCGUCGUCGGGCUGUUGUUCUUCAUGGAUUGGGAGGUAUAGGCAAGACGCAGCUGGCACUUGAGUAUGCUCAGCAGCAUCAUGAACACUACUCCACGAAGAUUUGGCUGGAGGCGAGAAAUGAAACAACGAUAAAUCAAAGCUUCACCCGAUUAGCAGAACAAAUCCUUCAGAAAGAGCAAGUAACCUACAUUCAGACUGCUGUGGACAGCCAAGAUCAAAGCAUUAUUCUAAAUGCAGUGAAAAGGUGGCUAGAUAAGCCUGCCAACAAAUCAUGGUUGAUUAUUUAUGAUAACUAUGAUUAUCACGAUUUGGAUAACGCUCAUACUGAGGACGAAGAGUUCUUGGGUAUCUCUGGCCAAAUUACUGUCUCCAUGAAUCUCAGGGGCCAAGAGAAGGAGGUGAGAUCGCAGUCUUAUGAUAUUCGCAAAUAUUUUCCUAAGGCCGACCAUGGCACCAUUAUUAUAACCAGUCGAGUAUCGUCAAGGAAGUUAGGACGGCCGAUUAAAAUAAGCAAAUUGAAAAGUCUCGAUGAUUGUCUAGAGAUUCUAGCCUCAAACUCGGGCCGUAAUAUAAUUGACGAUCCGGCAGCUGUCGAUCUUGCGAAGCGGCUUAAUAGGCUUCCUCUUGCCCUUGCAUCAGCUGGGGCUUACCUAAGACAAGUGCCUAUAAAUUACACCAAAUACCUUCAGGAUUAUAAAAAGUCUUAG